UAGAUAAAGUGGAAGGUACCGAACCUAGGUAAUAGCCUAGCCUUAUAUAGUUAGAUAGAUUUAUAGCUAAUCAAGGGCAAAGCACCAUGGCUAGUGCUACGGAUGAUGCAUUACUUGAUGAUUUAUAUACGAUUUUUAACUCAACGGGUGUGAUUUUUAUGCCAUGUCGUGCAUAUGACGAAGUGUAUCCAAACAUAUUUGUAGGCGAAAGGGGGACAGCACUGAGUAUUUCUUUCUUGAAGAAGAUUGGAAUAACACACAUCUUGAAUAUGGCUGAGGGAAAAGGCUUUGGAAAAGUAGACACCUGUGCUGAAUACUACAAGAGUGAAGAUGAUGGUAGACAUUUAGUGUACCACGGGAUAAGGGCAACUGAUGUUCAGACUUUCAACAUUCUUCCAAUGCUUGAAGAAUCAGCUUCCUUUAUAAAAACUGCCAUAGACUCAGGAGGGAAAAUUCUUGUACAUUGUGUUGAGGGAUUCAGCAGGUCUCCGACGGCAGUUGCAGCUUACUUGAUGUUACACUGCGAUUACACGUUACAGAAUGCUUUGCGAACAAUCCGGUCCAGGAGAGAGGUCUGUCCCAACGAUGGCUUCCUUAAACAAUUGAUUACAUUACAAAAACAAAUUGAUGCCAAUAAGCAUGAAGCACCUGCAACAUGAGGGGGUGAUCAGGGUUGUGUGACAGGAGAGGUGAUCAGGGUUGUGAGAUGAGAGGUGAUCAGGGUUGUGUGACAGGAGAGGUGAUCAGGGUUGUGUGAUGAGAGGUGUGACCAGGGUUUUGUGAUAGGGAGGGGUGAUGAGAGUUGUGUAAAGGGAGGGGACAGGCUUUUAAUGAAUAAAGUAGCAAAAUUAUAAAUCAAAGAAAAUGUGUAUUUAGCAAGAUGAAUAUUUGCAAGGUCACUUUGAAACAUAUGCAAAAAAAAAAGUAUAGAUGAAAGUUUAAUAUUAAUUUUAUUAACUUUUUUUAAUGUAUAGCUCACAAAAAUUAAAUGAAUGUUUUAACUGAUGCUUAUUAUAUUUAACAAUUUUUAAAAAUUGUAAACAAUUAGUGGUAUGUAACUGCAUUCACUUGGGAUCUGAACCAAAAUUCUGACCAUGUUUCUGAUGCGCCGAACUGCCUUUCUUAUGUACUGGUCCUAUUUGAUGAUCGUUUUGAUAAGCUUUCCUAUCCUUAAAAUUUGGAUUUGAUCUGAAUUUACCUGAAAGUUUGAUUAAAAAUUAUUGAAAAUGUUGCAUGUUUUUUUUUUUGUUUUUUUUAAAUAUAUAUAUAUAGAAUCAUAAUUUAUAUAGCACCGGUAAAUUUGUAAAAUCAAUUCAACACAGAAACCAGGACUUUCAUAUAUAUUUUAUUUAGUAUGUGGCAAUUCAAAAGGUCUAUUCUAUAAUUUAUGUUGACAGGGGUCCCAAUUUGCAAGAACCCACAUCCAGCAAUGAAUUGAAUUAACACUUUUAGUAAUUAUAUUUUGCUGUUCAUGAUGAUACACAUUGGCACAGACUUCUGGUACCGGUAAACAAUUGAAAAUACAGUGUGAUGAAACAUGCAAAUAUUGUGAAUUUGCAGGAGAUUGGGUCAUUUUCCAGAUUUGUGGUUGCUCACGGGUGUGUGGGAAGCCUUUCAUAUUUCCGGGAGACUUAGGGCCCCUGUUAUCCAAAAGCUUAAUGGCUUAGCCAUUAUAUUUCUGUUGUCAACGUUGAUAUGGUUUUAAUAAAGGUGAAUAAAAUUGUAUUAA